UGAUAGAACUUUCUCGCUCUCCGUUAAAAUUGUUGGACGAACUUCACCGUUCCCAGGGUUGAUUAUGCCAAAAAUGGGGGCACGCGUUGCACGGUUGUUUAGGAAUUUUAACUUAGAAAACCGGGUACAUCGUGAGAUCGGGAAGGCAAAACCUGAAGCGGCACCUCGACAUCAGACCCACAUUGAUCCUGUUCAGAGUACACAGAUUACUGAGAUCUCUGAUGCCAUCCACAAGAAAAACGACCCUCUACUGGGGUUCCUGAAGUCGGUUUAUGUGGAAUCAAAGGAUCCUACAGAGGCUCCAAAGGAGGUGACUGAGGAGAAAGAGGAGCGCAGGCCUCUAAUUUCCAGCCUACCUGGGGACCCCUAUGGUAUUGUUGAGAUCAUUGAUGUCCCUAAAGGCAAACUGUCUAUUAUUGAGGCCCUCCAAGCUCUCAACAAUCAUAAGAAUGCUCCCCAAACAUGGACAUUGGACAAGGUCGCCCUGGAGUACUCUCUUGACUUGAAAGAUACUAAAGCACUUCUGGAGCAUUUCAUCCCCUUCGAGGUUAAGAUCAUACCACCAAAGACGGAGGAUGCAAAGAAGAUCAAAGAUAUCUAGGACGAAGAUACAUUAUUCCUGGUCUUUAAACACAACAGCCAUCAACCAAGUGUAUUAAUUAUUUAUGUUUGUUGUCCUCGUCCAGAUGAAACUGCAAUAUUUGGAGUUCUACAUACUGUAAUGAAAUGAGGGAGAAGCAUGAGGUUUUGAGGUAUGAUUUGAAUGCAUGUUGACGUUUAUUGUCAUGAAUCUUGUCCUGGAGGCAGAAAUGAGUGAUUUCCGCUAGAUGUCAAAAUUGGCUAUAUAUUAAUUAAGACAAUUGGAUAUUUGGUUAGAGUUAGGCAGUAGGAUUAGCAGUUGUGGUUAAAGGGAUACUUGGGGAUGUUGGCAAUGAGGCAUAAAAUGGUAUCCACAAGUUCAUCUGCCUCUGCAGAAGUAAAUAAAGGGCCACACUGCCAAAAUCCCGAAGUAUCCCUUUAAGAUUAGGUUUAAAUCAGAUUUUCUGGCUGUGCCAUCUAGUGACCACUCUGCAGAGCUGCCUCCAGGGCAAGAUUCAUGACAGUAAAUGAUAACCUGCCAUUUGAACCCAGUACCCUAGGGUCCAGAGCUAGACAUGUUACCACUGCUCCAAAAAUAUGGCGUCCUUGUGGAGGUGUUAAUCAGUGUUAUAAACACCAAGGUCGUAACAAUAAAAACAUAUAAUUUGUGACAGAAUCUUUCAAUCUCAAUACACAUUUACUAAUCACAUUAAAGAUGAAAUCUGCGGUAGGGGGAAACGGCACCACUGGCCACCCCACCAUCGUUGUUAUCGUUUUUGCCAAACUGCGGAGCAUCAGCAUAGUAAAAAAAAAAAUCGACAUAUUGUGCUCCACUAUCGGGUGCGCAAUGAUGUCCGAGGGGAGAAAACGGUGUUUGUUGUUUGCAGUAACUUCUUUGUUGUAAUAUCGCAAAUGGACGUGGCUGUUUCCCCAUUAAGGAUUCCUGCUUUAACCAAUUAGGCCUAUAUUAUAUAGUUAUGACUGAUAGCUAUGAUAUUUGGCCUGCAAAUUAAUGAAUGAUUAUUGACAAAUUACUUUUAUUUAAGGGCUUUAUCCCUGUAUGUUGAGUCAUAAGGCUACAUGUUCACAUACAACUGACCCUGUGGUAAAUGGAUCCCAGUUACAAAACUGGUUCUAGAUGCUAGUAAGUUGUCACUUACCAGUUGUGCAUCUCUCUGCAAGUAUCAAGCUACUCUACUCUUUAAUUUGACAUUUAUAUAAACAAAUGUUUUGUAUGUUUGUCAAUCAUGUUCCAAGAGUGGAAAUCAUUCAAUAUAUUUAACUUGUUUUUGUCUUCCAUGUGUGCCCCCAAUAUGUCAUGAUAUGUAAACCUCCAGUGUGUAUCAAGUGAGGCCUGCAGUUUGCAAUGACCAGUGAAUGUAUCUCUGUGUUCAGUGUGGGGAUAUCCUGCCUAGAACUUCUAUAGUUUAUAUAUAAAUGCAUUGCUGGGCCAUUUCAUGAAAGAGUGAAUAAUCAGGAUGCCAUUCUUUACUUGUCACUAAUGUUGAUGAAGAUGUGAAUUAAAGGGAUGUUUGAGAGACAUUCAAUACAUUUGAAAUGUAAUUAAUGUGUAAAUAGAUUGAUUUAUUAUGGAAGGGGGUGCCCAUGUAAUAAAAAAGUAUUGUAUUGUAGGGUUCGUACUUGGACAUGGCUAACAGUGUCAUGUUCUGUGGCCUACUCCACAUUGUGAUUAAGUUAUAAACUCUUAUUCAUGAGAUAUGAGUAGUGGGUUCUUUGUUGAUUCAGUAGGAAUUUUGUGAGGUUACUUUGGUUUGAUGGUCUCAGUUUUCACAGCUUGCUGCAAACGCACAAUUUUUUGCAAAAUAAAGGACAUUGUUUU